CGAACGCAGCUCUAGGGAGAGACUACUUCACGUGCGGUGGUGUGGUGUUUUGAAGAGAAGAGACGGUCAAAUGGUGGGAAAAAAUCCUUCCAUCUGGUAUCACUGGUUUGGAUUUAGGAUCUCCCGAUUCUUCCGCGAAUACGAUGUGAUACGAUACGAUACUCACGAUACCCGAUUUCACGCUUACCGCAUGGUAUAUAACGUAAAAUAGUGUGUAUCUCGUACAAGUACAGUUACUUUUCACUAUUACUGUAAAAUGCGCUGAACAACGAAUACAAGGAAUCACUGUGGAUCAAAGUGUAUCUAAACAACAGCUGUACUCACGCUACCGAAUACCUGCAAUUUGCACGUUAGUGGAUAUUAUUUCACGUUGUCGACUACUGCAUGUAAUAUGAUUAUAGAAGUGAAUCGGCGAUAUGGCGGAACAACAGCAAACCCCUUCUGGUUUCAAGCACAUGUCGUUGGAUAAGAUUAUCGAAGCUAUGACUCCAGACUUGGAAGGUUCGAACGGUCAUUACGCUCAAUUCAGUGUUCCCACGCAACAAACCAGCUCGCGCAAUUGGGGAGAUUACGUAUCUGGACAAGCCCGUCAUCAUGUUACAAGUCAACCUGUCGUCGCACCGUCGUCGAAUCCUGGAAUACAACCCAUGGGCACACAGAUGGGCACGUCUCUGUACAUGCAAGAUAUGUCGAGUUACGAUACUGCGACUGCCGAUUCGAUAUACUUUCCAUCGCAGACAACGGUAAAUCACCUAGGCAUUAAUGAGAAUAACGAUUUAAUUGGUACCAUUGAUGUCGGAGGUGGCAACUAUAUUAACGUCAUUUAUGGAAACGCCUCUCAGAUUAUGGCCGAGCAGUGUCGCCUUACAAACAUGACACCUUACUCUAAUCAAAGUAUCGUUAAUCAGGAAUAUGGGCUUUUCGACGAUCCACAUAUAACUGUACCAUCCGAGUUGCCGAGUCCAAACUUUAAUGGCAAACAGCUAAUCGAUAAUCUAGUUGAAAAUUGGGUGCCGAACCAAUCCGGUACUUAUAGUCCGUUUGGCGGAUCUCCCAAUAUCACACCUGUGCCGCAAGCCGUACGGGACGCGAGAGAGAGCGAGGAUUUACCACCUAGAAAUAUACCAUCGGACUCUCAAUACAAGAAACCAAGGAUGGUGGCCGAAGUGAAACCUAUGCGACCUUCUUACUCGGACGUUUUAACGAAAUCUGCGCCAACUCCGCCAUCACCGUUAACGGUUCAGCCGAUGAAGCAAAAAAUUGAGGUAAUAGGCAAGAAAAUCUCUAAUAAGAAUAUAAAAACUAAAAAUAAGCCUGCGCUGCUGAAAAGACAGAACUCGUCCGGUAGCGACGAUCAUAAUUCUCCGAAAAUGCAAAUUCCAAGAAAAAUUUUCGAAAAGAAUUCUUCCAAUCUUCCAAGACGUUGGGUGUCGCUCGACAAUCUUGGCUCGCAGUCCGAUUCUCGUCAGAUAAACGCUUUCGAUAGAUCGGAUCAGUUUUGUUCCGAAAGAAAAAAAUCUGAUAAAAAAAUAUCUAAGAAAGCGGAAAAAAGCGAGACCCUUAACAAUACCAAGAUACAAAAUAGUAAUCCCAAAACUGCGGGAAAUAUUCCGAAACGUCCGAUACAAAUCAAUAACAAUUUGAAUACAAUCAAUACGUCCAGUCAGACGAUCUCGUCUGAAAAAGUGGAAAAGAAUCAACAAGUCAUCAAUAAAGUCACUAAAGAUGAUAAAAAGAUGGUCAAGGAAAAGAAUCCUAAACGUUUUCAAGGCACGGAGAAGGCCCAGCAACAAAUUAAAAAGGGACAAAGAAACAGAAAAAGAGAAAACAGAGAAUCUUCUAUUAAAGAUUUAUAUAAAAAUUUCAAUAAAUACGCGACACGUUGGAGCAAAAUUCUGUUGAAAAUAUUUUAUUGGCUACUACAUUUAAUUUCUGAUGUAGUUAGCAUGAGCGCCAAUCUGGUUAUUCAGCUUGGUAAAUGCGCUUGGUAUCACACCAUACUUUAUUUCAAGUGUUGGUGGAUGUACGUGGCUGUGACAUUUUGUAAAAUUCGUAUUUUAAACGCUAUUGGAAAACAAUUGGACAAUUGGCUCGGCAGUAGUAAAUUUGCGUUCUGGCGAAAGAUAAACGCUAAGAAGAACGAGGAGAAAGAAGACAGUGGCAGUUGGAUUCACGGUGGAUUGGAAACCAAUAUCGCGUUACCUAGCACCGGCGAAGAAGCCAUGAAAAGAUUACUAGCGUGCAAGGGAAAGGAUCCGUACAGCAUACUCGGUGUUACUCCAACAUGCUCGGAUGACGAUAUUAAAAAAUAUUACAAGAGACAGGCCUUCUUAGUGCAUCCGGAUAAAAAUAAUCAGCCAGGAGCGGAAGAAGCGUUUAAAAUAUUGGUACAUGCCUUCGAUAUCAUCGGGGAACCGGAACGUAGACAAGCGUUCGAUCAGACUAGACAAGUCGAAGCUGCUUGGGGUGAAUUGAGUGACUUGCUGUCUCAACUUCAUCGAAAAAUGGAGCAGGCAGCGAAUACGAUAAGAUGUACAAAUUGCGGCUUGAGACACAAACGCAAACCCACGCAACGUCCUUGUUAUGCCGCGCGAUUUUGCAAUCAAUGCAAGAUACAUCACAGUGCGAAAGAAGGCGAUAUCUGGGCAGAGUCUCGUUUAAUGGGUUUCCUGUGGCACUAUUAUGCGUGCAUGGAAGGUGCGGUGUACGAUGUGACUGAGUGGGCGGCUUGCCAAGCUGGGAAUCUCAAACAUCUUAGAGCGAAUACGCAUAGUGUCCAAUAUAGAAUCGUCUUGGGACAAAGAUUACCGUCUCAAAUGUCCGGUAGCGGUAAAAAGCGGCAACAGAUAGAUCCGAAUACGAGCGAAGCGGAUUUCGAGGAUUUCCUAAACAAUCUCUACAACCAUAGCAAAUCUGCUGGCGUUAAUACAUCGGCGGAUCAAAAUUCUUUCAGAAGCGAUAGCAGACGACGCAAAGCUAAGCGUAAGAAGUAGAUAAAUAGUAGUGGACGAACAACCGCUGAACGUUUGACGUCGUCGUUGUAUAAUUACAAAUGCGCAUUACAUUAGAACGCAUAUUACACACAAUCUUAAAUUUACAUUAUCCUUAAACAAUUAACCUUAGCAUGUAGAUCUUACGAAUAUUCAUGAAACACUAAUAUCUGACUGAUACACAAUAUGAGAUUAUAUUGAGAAACUGUGUUCACGACAAAUGUACGUGUACUAAUCAUUGUAUCGAAUACUUGCACGUUCAAAAAAAAAGAAAGAAAGAAAGCUCGAGAACGAGAGGAUACGAGAAUCGCAGAAUAUCAUUAUUUAGAAAAUUUAGAUGAUUUGACAUAAACGUUCAACACGAAUAUAUUCAGCAACACGACAGUGCGGUAUUUUGCAGAAUUAAAAUGAUGAAAACGUUAAUUCUCUCCAAGAAGAUAAUACAUAGAGAUGCCAAAUAACGAUCAUAGAAACAAAGUAUCAUGUGCGUGGCAAAACUAAAGUUGAACAAAAAAUUUUUAUAUAUGCAUUUAGACAAUUUGUAUGAUGUAACCUUGCGUUCUUCCAGAUUGAAAAAUAGUAACGAUAUCACAGAUUAUACAUUAUAAAACUGAUGAGUUUUACUUUA